GGAGCGAUCGGCGAAUCAAAUCCUAUUGUGUCCACAACUUCUAUAAAUUCGCUCCCUACCCAAACUCUUCUUCCCCGUGAUCUGUAAUAAGUCUACUUCUUCUCAACCUGUUUGUUUCUGGUGUCUUCUUUCGUGACAAUCGGGGGACACAUAUAUAUCAUCGCUAAUUUUUCAGGGGUCAAUCUUCAGACCGUGAAAGACCCAGUUUUUUCUGCGUGAUUGUUGGGUGAGAAAGGAGAAAGAAGCGUCUAGACGAACCAAUCAGCUCAAUUCUCGUUGAAGGUGAGAAGCAAAAUGAGUAGGAAUCUUGAGAAGAUGGCGUCGAUUGACGCGCAGCUGAGGCUACUGGCUCCUGCGAAGGUCUCGGAGGAUGACAAGCUCGUGGAGUACGAUGCCCUCUUGCUCGAUCGCUUUCUGGAUAUCCUGCAGGAUUUGCAUGGUGAAGACAUUCGUGAGACGGUCCAAGAGUGUUAUGAGCUCUCUGCAGAGUAUGAAGGGAAGCGUGAUACUCAAAAGUUGGAAGAGCUUGGGAGAGUCAUUACUAGUUUGGAUGCUGGGGAUUCUAUUGUUGUUACCAAAGCUUUUUCCAACAUGCUUAACUUGGCCAACCUUGCGGAGGAGGUUCAGAUAGCUUACAGGCGUAGGAGCAAGUUAAAAAAAUGUGACUUGUCUGAUGAGGCAUCUGCAACAACUGAAUCGGAUAUCGAAGAGACGCUAAGGAGGCUUGUUGGACAACUUAACAAGUCCCCCCAAGAAGUCUUUGAUGCUCUGAAGAACCAGACUGUAGAUUUGGUCCUAACAGCGCACCCUACUCAGUCUGUUCGCAGAUCUUUGCUUCAAAAGCAUGGAAGGAUCCGAGAUUGUUUGACACAAUUGUAUGCCAAAGAUAUCACUCCUGAUGAUAAGCAUGAGCUUGAUGAGGCUUUACAGAGAGAGAUACAAGCUGCAUUUCGCACAGAUGAAAUCAAGAGGAGUCCACCAACUCCACAAGAUGAGAUGAGGGCUGGAAUGAGUUACUUCCAUGAGACAAUAUGGAAGGGAGUGCCAAAGUUCCUACGUCGAGUUGACACUGCUUUGAAGAAUAUUGGAAUAGAUGAGCGUGUUCCUUACAAUGCUCCUCUUAUUCAAUUUUCUUCUUGGAUGGGAGGGGAUCGUGAUGGCAACCCUAGAGUGACUCCUGAAGUUACAAGGGAUGUAUGCUUAUUGGCUAGAAUGAUGGCUGCUAAUGUGUACUUCUCUCAGAUUGAAGAUCUUAUGUUUGAGCUUUCAAUGUGGCGCUGCAAUGAUGAGUUGCGUGCUCGUGCAGAUGAACUCCAUAGGACCUCAAAAAGAGAUGUCAAACAUUAUAUUGAAUUUUGGAAGCAAAUUCCCCCAAAUGAGCCUUACCGAGUUGUUCUCUCUGAUGUUAGAGACAAGCUGUAUAGUACGCGGGAGCGUGCUCGUCAGUUACUAGCAAAUGGGUACUCUGAUAUUCCCGAAGAGACAACAUUCACCAAUGUUGAACAGUUUCUCGAGCCGCUUGAGCUGUGCUACAGAUCAUUAUGUGCUUGCGGUGAUCACCCAAUUGCUGAUGGAAGCCUUCUUGAUUUUCUGAGACAAGUUUCCACCUUUGGUCUAUCACUUGUGAGACUUGAUAUCCGGCAAGAAUCAGAUCGUCACACUGAUGUUCUAGAUGCUAUCACGAGGCAUCUAGAUAUAGGAUCUUACAAAGAAUGGUCGGAAGAACGUAGGCAAGAAUGGCUUUUAUCUGAACUCAGUGGCAAACGGCCUCUUUUUGGCCCCGAUCUUCCUAAAACUGAAGAGAUUGCUGAUGUGUUGGAUACAUUUCAUGUUAUUGCUGAGCUCCCGUCAGAUAAUUUUGGUGCCUAUAUUAUCUCAAUGGCCACUGCUCCAUCUGAUGUGCUUGCUGUAGAGCUUUUACAACGCGAGUGCCAUGUCAAAAAUCCACUGAGGGUCGUCCCGUUGUUCGAGAAGCUUGCCGAUCUGGAGGCUGCUCCUGCUGCUGUGGCUCGGUUGUUCUCGGUAGAUUGGUACAGGAAUAGAAUCAACGGGAAGCAAGAAGUCAUGAUUGGAUACUCGGAUUCAGGUAAGGAUGCUGGUCGUCUCUCAGCGGCCUGGCAAUUGUACAAGGCUCAAGAGGAGCUCGUGAAGGUGGCGAAACAAUACGGGGUUAAGCUUACAAUGUUUCACGGUCGAGGAGGCACCGUUGGAAGAGGGGGCGGUCCAACUCAUCUCGCUAUUUUAUCACAGCCACCUGACACGAUUCACGGCUCACUUCGCGUGACUGUUCAAGGUGAAGUCAUCGAACAGUCUUUCGGGGAAGAACACUUGUGUUUCAGAACGCUCCAGCGGUACACAGCAGCUACACUCGAACACGGGAUGCAUCCUCCUGUCGCUCCAAAGGCAGAAUGGCGUGCACUUCUUGAUGAGAUGUCAGUUAUUGCCACAAAAGAGUACCGAUCUGUAGUUUUCCAGAACCCACGAUUCGUUGAAUACUUCCGCCUUGCAACACCAGAAUUAGAAUAUGGCCGUAUGAACAUUGGGAGUCGACCAGCGAAAAGGAAACCAAGCGGUGGAAUUGAAUCACUUCGAGCAAUUCCAUGGAUCUUCGCCUGGACCCAGACAAGGUUCCAUCUGCCCGUUUGGCUUGGAUUUGGGUCUGCGUUCAAGCAUGUUAUCGAGAAGGAUAUCCGAAAUCUCCAGAUGCUAAAAGACAUGUACAGGGAGUGGCCUUUCUUCAGAGUGACAAUCGACUUGGUUGAGAUGGUUUUCGCGAAGGGAGACCCGGGUAUUGCUGCAUUGUACGAUAAUCUCUUAGUGUCCAAAGAUCUUUGGCCCCUUGGAGAAGAGCUAAGGGCGAAAUACGAAGAAUCAAAAAGCUUUCUCCUUCAGGUCGCGGGACACAAGGAUCUUCUCGAGGGAGAUCCCUACUUGAGGCAGAGGCUCAGGCUCCGUGAUUCCUAUAUCACAACGCUCAACGUGUGUCAAGCCUACACCCUUAAGCGCAUCCGAGACCCCAGCUACAACGUGAAGGUGAGGCCCCAUCUAUCCAAGGAGAUCAUGGAAUCCAGCAAACCAGCCGCCGAGCUGGUGAUGCUUAAUCCCACGAGCGAGUAUGCCCCCGGGCUGGAAGACACUCUCAUCUUGACCAUGAAAGGAAUUGCAGCUGGAAUGCAGAACACCGGUUAAGCUUUGAAGAAGAGUCAUAAAACUGAUGUUUGUACGAUGUGUCAUAUACAAUAAGCAUGUGUAUCAUCGAAUAAUGUUUUGUCUGAAUAAUUAACUCAAAAUAUAGAGACACUCUUUUAUCUUCAUAAUCCCAGGCUUGUUUUUCUCCA